AUGGCUCUACGACUCCUUUCCUCCAACCUCUCGUUCCAGACGGUUCCUCGAUUCUUCGGUUCCUCGAAAUCUCUAACUUCCACCGUCGGAGUACUUGCGUCUCAACAAUAUGGCCUCCCAUCCGCUAUCCUACGGCCUGCCGCCUUUGCCCUGAACCUACCCGGCAUUAUCUCAGAUCUGUGGGAAUCCGUCCUCCGAGCCGUCCCGAAGAAGAAGACCUCCCAUAUGAAGAAGCGACACAGGCAGAUGGCCGGCAAGGCAUUGAAGGAUGUUAAGAACCUCAACACCUGCCCUGGAUGCGGACAAAUAAAGCGGGCUCAUGUUCUUUGCCCACACUGUGUUGAGACACACCCUACCGACAUUUUCUCGCUGGCCGUAACUGACAAGCAGAUCUUGUCGGCCUCUGGUGCCUCUGCUAUUCAGGUGCACUCCACAACCAACCCUGAAUUCCCACUAGUCCAGACCAUUGAUGAAGCCCACAAAGUCGGGUGCCAUCAUGUCGUGACUGAUGCGAGAGGGUCGAGGGCCGUGAGCGUUGGCUUUUGCGGCGAAGUGGUGAUUUGGGCCUGCCACGACGGAACAUGGUCGAAAGAUGAGACGGCUUCAGCAAAAAAUACAGGCUUUGCUGGUGUCUGGGCGAUUGCCCUUUCGGCGGACGGCCAGUUUCUCGCCGGUGCCAAUGAAAAUGGGCACGUCAAGGUCUGGGAUCUGAAUGCCGGAGAACAAAUCCGGGACCAUGAAACCAAGGGAAGCUUUGGGACUUGCAUAGAUCUGUCGCCCGAUGGUAGAUUUAUCGCCAGUGGUCAUGAGAACGGUAGCGUCUACAUUUUCAACACGGAAACCGGACGCAUGCCAUUUAGUCUAUCAGGCCUCGUCAAACCCGUUCGAUCUGUUGCCUUUUCUCCCGGUGGGAAAUUCCUUGCUGCUGCGGGCGAUUCAAAGGUGAUUGUGCUGUAUGAUACCUCUUCUGGUGAGCAGGUGGCUAGCUUCACCGGGCACUCGGCGUGGAUCUUAUCCCUUUCGUGGAGUCACACCGGAGAAUACCUCUUAAGCGGAUCAUUUGAUGGUAAGGUCAAGGUCUGGUCGGUUGAGACAAGAACCUGCGUUGCAACCCAUUCGGAAACUGAAAAGGCUAUUUGGAGUGUCAAAUGGCUACCCAAGGUGGGAAAAUCAGAAGGAUUUGCUACGGCCGGUGCAAACCGAAGCAUAUCGUUCUACCGCGAGGCCACAGGGGGCUGA